AUCCGAAUGCAAGGCUAUAUCGAGGAAGGAUUGUUGAAAAUCUCGACAAUUUACAGAUUAUUUUUGGCAAUGACUCUGCAUUUGAAUUUAGUCCCAGAAAUAGUGAUGCCUUGUUGGGCUCGACCCCGGGCUACGAGGAUGUAGAGGCUACUGAUACUUUUCAGAUUCAGAGUAGCUGUACAAAAGAGCAGACUAGACACUUGAUAUGGACAAAAGAAAUGGACUGCUGCUCGGGCAAUAUUCUUGUAAAGCAAUAUAAAGAGGGAAAUAAAUUAGAUAGUAAUUUAAAGUCCAGGGUAUGUACAGAUGCUGUUACAGCUAUAAACAAAAAAUUUCACCUUGACCUGACUAAAGAUCACAUUAGAAAUAGGCUUAAAACUUGGAAGAAACAGUAUGGUAUUCUAAAAGAACUCCUUGAUCAGGAAGGAUUUACAUGGGAUGAGACAAGAAAGAUGGUUGUUGCUGAUGAUUCAGCAUGGGAUGACUACAUCAAGACACACCGUGAUGCCCGGCCUUUUCGAGGAAGGGUUUGUGAGAACUAUGAUCACUUGUGCAUUAUCUUUGGCAACAAUUACACAAUGGGAAGCUAUUCAAGAACUGCUGAUGAUAUUGUGCAUAGUUUGGCUGGUGAUUCAGAUGGUAUGGAAGGUAUAUGUGUAUCACCACUUCGAUAUAGUGGAAGCAUGAAAGAUCAAGCCAAGACCAUAUGGUGGACAAACGAAAUGGACUGCUGCCUCUGCAUGAUUCUUGUAGAACAACUGAUACUGGGGAAAAAAAAAUAAAUUAGAAAACAAAUUUAAUCUUGAAGCAUAUGAUACAGCUGUUUUGGCAUUAAAUGAAAGGUUUCAGCUUGGUUUUACAAAAGACCAUGUUAGGAGCCGAAUUAAAACAUGGAAGAAACUGUAUGGCUGUGUCAAGGAACUCCUUGACCAUAGUGAGUUUAGAUGGGACGAGAAACGAAAGAUGGUCAUUGCAGAUGAUUCUGUUUGGCACGACUAUAUUAAGGUAAAUCCUGAUGUGCGGUUUCUUAGAGGACAGAUCAUUGAAAACUAUGCUGAGUUGUGCAUCAUCAUCGGUAAUGAUAAUCCAAUCGAGUGUUCUGUAAAUGAUGCUGAAGCCAACUUGGAUUGGUCUGCUGACAAGGAAGGUGUAGACACUGAAGUAUAUCAGAAUACAAGUGACAAUGGAAAAGACAAAGGGAAAUAUGUGUCAUGGUUGGAUGAGAUGGACUGUUGCUUAACAAAGAAACUAAUUGAGCAAAUGAAGAUGGGGAAUAAGCUUGAGAAAAAUUUUAAGCCCUUGGCAUUUAAGGCUGUUGUUAAGGCUUUAAAUGAAAAUUUCGGGCUUGAUUUAACUAAAGAAAACAUCAGGAGCCGCUUAAAAACAUGGAAGAAACUGUAUAGGCUCGUAAAUGAGCUUCUCUGUCAUAUAGGAUUUGAGUGGGAUGAUGGACGAAAGAUGGUUGUUGCAAAUGACUCCGUUUGGAAUGAAUACAUCAAGAUGCAUCCCGAUGCAAAAUGUUUACAAGCAAGAUCAAUUGAGAACUACGAUGAGUUGCAUGUUAUCAUUGGUAAUGAUCAUGCAACUGGUGCUAAAUGCGAUGUCAACCCCGCUUCAAACAACGAGGAAAUGAUGAUCAACGAGGAAAUGAGCCAAGAUCAUUCUGGUGAUGGCACUCAAUGGUCAUCUAAACAGACGAGAGCUAGGUCGUCUUCAUCGUCACGUUCCAAACAGCCCUCAAAGAAGAGACGGGUAAGUGCUGUGAUUGUGGAAAUGAUGAGUUGUAUGGCUGCAAAUAUUGGUAGGAUAGCCGAUGCAUUGACUGGAUUUAACCAGUCUGUGUGCCUGGAUGAAUUGUUUGAGAUGGUUCAGAACAUUCCUGGCUUCUAUGACAAUCUCGUUAUCGAGGCAUGUGAGUUGCUUUCUUUGGAUGAGAAGAGGGCUAAGAUGUUCUUAAAAUUGGAUGAGAGGCUAAGAAAACUGUGGUUAUUGAAACGCUUGCGAUCAAAAUAGUUUAAAAAGUUAGAUUGCCUUCCGGUUUUCUGUAUAUUUAUAGAUGUUUUCUUCAGUUUUUUUUUUUGGGGUGGAAAUAUGCAUGUUUUCUUCUU